AUGUCCUCCUACAGCACAGAGACAUCCAGGAGCGCCGAUGCGCGGAUUGCUGAAAGAGCUGGCGCCGGCUCGUCAGUUGCUUUGAUCGUGCCAACACUUCUGAAGAACAUGAUCGGUGCUGGGAUCUUCAGUCUGCCGGUGGGAUUGCGGCAUGCAAGCCCAAUUCCUGGUCUGAUAGUUUUGGGCACCAUUGGCGUUCUCAGUGCCAGCUCCUACUGGAUGAUAGGCUACUGCUGUAUCUCUUGCAGUGUGAAGUCCUUUCGCGACCUCUGGAAUAUGGUUCUGGGCCCAAAAUCAGCAUGGAUCAUCGACGUUACUAUUUUCCUGAAUGGCUGGAUUACUUUGAUUUGCUACAUUAUUCUGAUUGGGGACUUUACUACGAAGUCCUUCGAGGGAUUGCUUGGGGCUGAUCACAUUUUAGCAAGGAACCGUGCUUUGAAUGAGACCGUCAUUACAGUAUUUGUUCUGCUGCCUUUGUCUUUGGCCAAAGAUCUCCAACGCUUGGCCUAUACAUCAAUUCUUGGUCUUGGCGUUUUGGUUUACGUGCUAUUUCUUGUCAUUCAUGACUCUAUCUUGAACAGCCCUGCAGAGAUCAGCCAAGACGUGCCCUUAUGUGAGUGGAGUUUUGGCAUUUUUGAAGCGAUCGCCCUGUACUGUCAUGCCUUUGUGGCCCACUACAAUGCACCCAAAGUCUUCUCGGAGCUGGCGAAUCCAACGCUUUGGCGUUGGACCCUGCUUGUUGGAAUUGCUUACUCUGUGGCAUUUGUGGUCUAUGCUGAAUUUGCAUGGACUGGAUUUCGACGUUUUGAGUGGUCAGUUGAGGGGAACGUCUUGAAAAACUAUGGUCCACAGCUGAACAUUCUCAUUGCGUGGUUGGGGAUGGGCUUUUCGAUCGCGUUUACAUAUCCGCUAGUCUUCAACUCAGCCCGCGAGGCUGCAAUAAAUUUGACUCUGAUGGCAAGGCAGCAAAUGUCGGCCCUUCCACUUCUGCAUCGGGUGAUGAAUGCACCAAGAUUUCAGCAGCUCCGACAUGGCUCCCUAGGGAGCUCAUGGCAGCGCCGAUCGGCACAGUUGACUGGCCUCCUGGGGCCUAGUCCAGACUCACCGAACCACAAGUUAUCUCAAAAGCCAGGCACAAAGACAACCUUUCUACUCGUCUUUCUUACGUAUGCUGUUGCAGUGCGAUGUGAAGAUGUUGGUGUGGUGAAUGCCCUUGCUGGGUCAGUCAUGGGUUGCAUGGUAUGCCUCGUGCUGCCCGGACUUCUUUUCUUCAAUACUGCGCGAAUGCAGCAGAGGUCGAGGGUUCAGACAGGUCGAGGCUUGCAAGAAGCGCUCUUGCCAAAAGGACUCGCGAAGGUGACUGUGUCCCAAACAACUUUGCUGGUGGCGCAAUUUGCUGGGAUGCUUAUAUUUCUGUCUGGCCUGGUCUUCACUAUCGUUGGAACGGUGGUCAUUCUGCUGCAUCAUUGGAAGUGA